CUCCAACGCCCAAAUCCGUUGCAGACAGACGUUGUCGCCCUUAAGUACGCCGUGGCUGCUGACCCCCUUCUGUGCUCCCAGUCAUGCGCAGGAGAUCAACAUACAUCACUCACCCCAGUCGCGCUGUCAACCCCGAUGAUAUCCAAGUUCGCCAACGCCAGCUUCUACUGGGGGCAUUGAAAGCAGCACGAGAAGAACGCUUGACAUUUGGCCUCGAAGAACUUCCGGCCGAGGUAGCCGAAUACUUACGCGAAUGCCAUGAACUUCAUGUCCGUUGGGCACCAGAACAUCCCUACAACACAACAGCUCCAUUCCUGUCAAGGAUCUCCCCAGGUCUACAUGUCCAAUACACCCCCUUGCACGAAGGCCAGGUCGAUCGACUUUGCAAUCUUCUUCGCAAAGUGUUUGGGAAACAGCUUCGAUGCGACUCGCCAGAUGCAACCUUCAUCAGCCCCCCUUUGAUCUCCGAACGCUUCGCCCAGACUUCGUCCCUUCAGUACUACUCUCUUCUCCCGUCGCUCAAGCCUCUUGUUGCCUACAUUUAUCAUGCUGUUUGCGCACAAAACGACCUACCGUGUCUGCACACGGUAUCCCUCCUAAACAUCGCUGAUUCUGUGGAUUUCGAUUACGAUAGUAUUUCUCAUGCUCUCACCUUCACCGUUUUCUGGUCAAAGCAGCCAGCCGUAUUCUACGACCCAGUGGGGGAGUUCACAACUCUUGAUGCGUGGAAUCUCGACGUGCAAUCCAGAAAGGACGACAGAGUCGAGGUCGGUAUUCUGAGCGCGUCACCAGCGACUGAUCCCUCAGACCUUCAGCUAUCAGGCUUCCUUACUGUUGUUGGAGAAGAUGACCAUCCGAAAGCGACGCUUUUCAGUUUUCCCUCCCGGCAUCAUUCCUUUGGUCCAGACCAAGCAAGGUUCCAGGGAUACAGUGUUUCAUUUGACGAGCCUACUGGACUGCAUCCGACCUUACGAAUCUCUUUUCCCUCGGCGGUUUCACUGACCGAGCCUAUGAAUAAGCCGCCUGGGAGUGUUUGUGCAUUACAGACCUAUCUAACUCUUCCUUCGCAUAUCUUUGCCGACAAAUAUGCGUUUCUCAGCAACGACCCUCUUUUUCAGAAGUUACACCACGUUGGUCAAUUGCAUUCUAUUGCAGGUGAGACAGAUUUGGAGGCCCCGAACUAUGUCGUCAGAAAAUGGGGUUCGACCAUGCUUCUGGAACUCCAGACACCAAAUAGCAGUGUUAGAGAAAUGAGUGCUGCUAAUGACGUGUGGGAUGUAACUAUACCACUACAUCUACGAUAUCUGGAACCGAAGAAUGGCAGCUCUUCGGAGGUCGAAAUGCCUUGGCCUAUUGUCUUCUGGGCCUGCACUGCUGACGAUGGCACCAAAUUUCCUGUAAAUCCUUUCGACAGAAUUCAGCUUGGAUUUGAAGGGUUGUUUGGCCCCAGGACUAUGUUCUACCAUCUCGACCCAGUACCCACCGGGGGUGCGGCUCUAGGAAGACUGGUAGAGCGCAUCUCUGUUCCAGUCUUGGAUCUCAACGCUGCAACCCCGUCAACAAUCGAAUACCUGACCAUCGGUGCAAUUGCACUCGGAUUUUUGUGGGUGCUGUUGAAGCUGAAGCCAUGGCCUACGGCAAGAUCUACUCGCGACAAGCAGGUCUCGGGGACAAAAAAGAAGCAAUGAGACGUUACUUCACACUCCAUUGUGUACGCUCAGAUGAUGCGAGGACUUUGUGUUUAUCAUGGCGGAAAGCCAGUCAAGCACACCGUGUCAUGCCUUACGUGACCAUUCCAGCUGUUCCUUUACUAUGCGCCUGUGCUGGACCCGGAGCUCGAAUCGCUGCUUGCGAAGCGGAAUAGAUUCCUUCGGGAUGCCCCAGAUCUACCGCUAUGACAAGCCUUGUCGGAAGUCGCUAAAACCACGCAGACGGAAGCCGCAGAACAAGUGACAGGGCAGACCCUUGCGCCUCUAUUCCCUACGACUAGCUAGCAAGCUGGACUGCUCGGGAAGAGAGAAGAGUCCAGGACAGAAGAGAAGGGUUUCAAGGUGAAUAUACUUGAUUGCCACCCGCUUCGAGCGACUCAACUCAAUAGUGGAGACUGAUUUCGAUGCACGCUUAUCUAUCUCGUGUCCAAACGCCCUCCGAUCAACUACAGCGAGAUUAUUCCAUGGCGAAUCUGCGAAUGUUCAAAUUCAUGUUUGAUACAGCAGGCCCGCGAACAUGCCGAGCCGCACUGAGAAGCACCUUCUGAUGAUCGUCCGCUCCAGUUUCGAUCCGCCAUCCGGAAUAUUCGACAAUGUUUUAUCAAAAAAGCGGGUUAUAUACAUCCGCAUGUUCUCGAUGCAUCAUGUGGAACACUAGCGUCAUGGAGACCACGUUGAGUGAACAGUGUGGGCGUCCGCGGGCCUUGGAAGUCGUUCGUUCAAUGUCCGCAUCAGACCCAGUCGCCUUUGCGAGUAUGGUGUUUCCCUGCACGGGAGAUAUCUGCGAAAGUCUCAUCUAGGAGCGGUUUUCGGAGAUGAGCUGGGAAGGACGUCGCACGAAGGGCUAAGCACCCUGAAGUUCGAUUCUCGAGGUGAGAUUGAGUGAUAGCGUUGGAAAACUAGAUACGUGAACACAGUGAGCAAGGAAAACACCAAGUGUCGGAUCUAGAUGUAUCCGUCAACUCUAGCUAGAAAGUGCUAUAAUGUCCUGAGUGAAGGUUCUCCGCCCACGUGUGUGAGAAGCUCACGAAACGCUUCAUAGCUGGAUGUGCUGAGUGCCAUCGUUAUUUCCACCUCCGACGUCAAGCCCAAGUUGACUGCAUCA